AUUCAAUUAGUUCGGUUAGCAAAGAAAAAUUUAGUUAAGCUUUACGGAAGCAAAAAUGGUAACACUUUUAAUGUCCUUCUUAAUACUGGGGUUGACACGAACAGGUGUAUCACAAACUACAGGAAUUCUGAACGGAAAUGAAUACUAUGCAGCAAAAGUGGGUACAAACGACUACGUUUUUUUCAAGGUUGCUGCUGGAUGUAGUCUGACACCAUGUCAAACUUGGUGUUCAGCGCUGGGCAUUGCUAACUCGGAAUGCUCGAAUGAUUUGCAGACAUGUGCAUGUUAUGCGCCUAGUGCCCCCUGCCAAUGCGGUGGAUCGACAACUUCCACGACGACGACAACUACAUUGGCACCAGUAACUCUCCCCCCUGUUGUGACAACAUUGAUUCCUACCACGUUACCUGCAACGACAAUUGGGUCAAUUACAGGACUGCCGUCUUUUACCACAACUAUACCAACGACAACUUCCACGGCAGCUCCGGCAACAACAACAACAACCGCAGCACCUGCAACAACAACAACAACGGCCGCCCCUGCAACAACGACAACAACCGCCGCCCCUGCAACAACGACAACAACCACGGCCGCCCCUGCGACAACGACAACAACCACGGCCGCCCCAGCAACAACGACAACAACCGCCGCGCCUGCAACAACAACAACAACAACGGCCGCCCCUGCAACAACGACAACAACCGCCGCUCCUGCAACAACGACAACAACCGCAGCCCCUUCAACAACGACAACAACCACGGCCGCCCCUGCAACAACGACAACAACCGCCGCCCCUGCAACAACGACAACAACCACGGCCGCCCCUGCGACAACGACAACAACCACGGCCGCCCCAGCAACAACGACAACAACCGCCGCGCCUGCAACAACAACAACAACAACGGCCGCCCCUGCAACAACGACAACAACCGCCGCUCCUGCAACAACGACAACAACCGCCGCUCCUGCAACAACGACAACAACCGCAGCCCCUUCAACAACGACAACAACCACGGCCGCCCCUGCAACAACGACAACAACCGCCGCCCCUGCAACAACGACAACAACCACGGCCGCCCCAGCAACAACGACAACAACCGCCGCGCCUGCAACAACAACAACAACAACGGCCGCCCCUGCAACAACGACAACAACCGCCGCUCCUGCAACAACGACAACAACCGCAGCCCCUUCAACAACAACAACAACAACGGAAGCGCCUGUAACAACAACAACCGCAACGCCUGUAACAACAACCGCAGCGCCUGUAACAACAACCGCAGCGCCUGUAACAACAACCGCAGCGCCUGUAACAACAACCGCAGCGCCUGUAACAACAACCGCCGCGCCAGUAACGACAACCGCUGCACCUGUAACAACAACCGCUGCACCUGUAACAACAACCGCAACCCCUGCAACAACGACAACCGCCGGCCCUGCAACAACGGCAGCUCCAGCGACUACCACGACAACUCCUGUGACAUCAACAACAGUCCCAACGACAACCACGAGGGUAACUAUCCCAACAACUGUGCGUACUACGAGAAAGUAUUGGUAAUAAAGCAACACGUCGCCAUCGUCAGCUCAAAUAGACAUAUACAAUUUCAAAAUAUAAACAUAUAUCUAUAUCUAUAUAAUUAACAAAAACGAGAUAUUGCAUUCCAAUGUUUCGAAAUUUUAGAUUUAUUUUUUAACACAAGUAAUUAGUCAACUUUCCUAACUCUCUGCGCACUGCCGACACAUAUAUCAUCCUCAUAGCCACAUUUUCCACCCAGUGGAGUCAUACGUGUGAUAUCGCAAACCGAUUUCGAUUAUUUCGAUUUAUUCUCCCGUUAUCGUAUUGACAGACGGACAGGCAGAUAGACUAAAUUAUAAACUAGACUAGUAUAUAGACUAGUAAAUAAACAUGCCAAACUGCAUAUUAUGUAGUUUUACAGGUUUAUGAUUUAAUAAAUUUAAUACAUAGAUAAAUUUAAUAAAUUAAAUUGA